ACAACCGCAUCCUCUUCGCUCAGCACGGGUGGGGCAGGGACCACGCGGGCCUCUGCCGCUCACCUGCUGGUCUCCAUGGCAGCCGCCACCGCUGGCGCGCGGCGUGGGAGUUCGCGCGCCAGGGUUUGCAGCUAGCCCAACAGGCUCGCUUACGUAAAGCACGCGGUAGAAGAACCCUCCAACCAUCCGCAGCAGUUCAUUUCGCCCCUAUUGCUCUUUCUGGCCAGGGGUUGUUUCUAAGCAUCUCUUAUUUUGUAAACGUGGCAUGUGAAAUGAUAAAGGGAAGACAUACGUCACCACUACCUUCGAGGGAUCGUCUCCUAGAGUGGCCCCAGCACUAACUGCAAAAGCUACUUCCAUCCUUCUACCCGGCCAAAUCCAUCCAUGUUUUUACAGUCGGGUCGAUGAGCAAGCCUGACGUCUGCAUAGUUAAACAGCAAGGAGAGUGACCUAACCGACCGUUUUCGUGAGAGCGUGGGGGUUUUGACAUUCUCGGACUCUCAUUGCUUUGAAAAUGGAGACGCUUUCUUUUAGGUGAGGGUGAGAAGGAAACCCCUGGGUCAUCCUAAGGGACUUCUUUCGUCAGCUUUUGCGGGACUCCCAAGCUGUUGGGAGGCCAGCCUUUUCCAACUAGGGCUCCAGAGUGCUCAUCCAGGUCUCCUUUCCUCAGUGUUCACGACAGCCUCCUCCCAAGGAGCCUUCUGAGUUGAACCGCCAGGUGGCGCAUCUCUCGAAGGAAAUACAUCUCUGUCAUAAAUGGAGGGGUAGUUGCCUGGCAACCAAAAACUGGGCGUUCCAAACAAUUGGGACAGGGGAUCCUGUACGAGACAGGUCGUGCUGCGGCUGCGCUAAUCUCCUGGGACUAAGCCAGAGACUUUGGGCCUUUAAGUAUGCCUCACUCUCAGGAAUCUUUCUCGCACCCUACCUUAAGUGAAGAAGACUUGGGAAGUCUGCGGGCUUCUAAGAAACCAUCGUUUAAGAACCCAACUCACCUUGCUCAGCAGCAAGAACCCUGGAGUCGGCUCAACUCAACUCCCACAUUUACCUCCAUGAGGCGAGAUGCUUGCUUUUUUGAUCCCAAGAUGCCAAAGGAUGAUCUGGAUUUCCGCUUAGCAGCCUUGUAUGAUCACCACACCGGGGCAUUCAAGAACAAAACUGAGAUAUUGUUGCACCAGGAGACCAUUCAGGAUAAGCAUGGAAGCAAGAUCCAGUUUCCUGGAGAAUGUUUCCACUCUCUUCCGGCCGCCAUCACUCCCUGGACUAGCAUCAGACACUGGAUCAACCCUAAGAAAGAAUCCAUCCACAGCAUCCAGGGAUCCAUAGUGUCUCCUCACACGGCAGCCACCAAUGGAGGUUACUCCCGAAAAAAUGAUGGUGGCUUCUUCUCCACCUAGUGGUGAGAACUGGGUUAAUUUCAUCAUGGAGGGACAUCCGGCUGCCCCUUCUUCAUUAAAUAGGUUUGUUCAAGAUGAAGCCUGAAGUGUCUGCUGCCCAUGCACUUUUGACCGCUCUUAAAAGAAAAAGAACCCCUGAUUCUAGAAUCAAGUCCUGUUGCAACUUGGGAAGUCAUUUUCCCAGGAGGAUUUAGGACAGAUCACUGGUUUGGAAAGGACACUAGUAUUUAGUUUAAAGUUUGUAAAGUUACAGCCACCCAGAGCCACAUUAGUGGCAUCUGCACUAAGUGUCAGGGAAACAGGAAGUAGACAUGGCCUGUUCUCUAACAAGCAAGUUAUCACUAUGAUACUAAAUGCACCACAUAGCUAACUGCUAAAGUCGCAUGAACAGAUUUUAGACCUCCUGAGUUUAGUCAUCCACUUUUCCCUGCUCCUACUCCUUCCCAUCCUCCAGUUUCUGACUCUCUGCUGCCUGAAAGUCAACUCUCUUUUUCUGCGUUAACUUUGCCUGUGGCAUAUAUCGCCAGUUCUCAUAAGCAUUGUUCAAACACUUGAUGCUGGGAUCCCUAAAAUUCAAGGUCCCUAAAAUUUGAUGCGUUAACAUGGUUUCUAAUCUUACAAGUCAUGGGGCUGGGGAAAUGGCUCAGUGGAUAAAAGGCUUACUUUAUCUCAU